AAUUUCAAUUUGUUCAUUCUUCUUUACUUUUAUGAUUUUGAUAUCUUACUAUACUUUCAUUUUCAAAGUAUUACUCCAUGAUUAAAUUUUGUGUCCUUAUUUCAAUAUCAGUCUUAAUGCUGUGGCUGAAUGAAUAUUUUCUCUUUGAGAUGCAUUUGGUUGGUUAUUUCUUAAUCUAAACAUCACUUUUCAAACUUUAAGGUAUGUAUUCUUUUUUAGAACUUUGUCUCUAGGUACUUUUUUUUUAUGUAAUCUUAGGAUAUUCUAAGUCCUCAAAAUAGAAGAAUAUGACAAAACAAAAUGUUGAUACAAAGAUAAAAAGAUGGAGAGGUGUUUAUUUUUGCAUUUUUAUAGCUGGAUCCAUUGCUCUUCUUCUUUCUGGUGCAUCCAUGUCGAAAUUCUUCUCUUUGAAAUCAUUUCUUGAUGUUGAAUCUUUUUACCCUCAUCUAACUCCUUCUGAGGACACAAAUAGGAAUAAUCAAAAUGAAGUGUUAGCAACUGUGCAAAUUGUGAUUACGAAAAUUCAGGAAGAACUUGAAAAACUUAGAGAAAUACAUCAAAAUCCAUCAUCAUCGUCGCUAUCCUCGUCACAAUCUGUGUUGAAACAAGGUGCUUUCCUUUCUGACAUAUUAGGACUACUCGAAUCUCUGCAUAGUGAAGAUCAAAACGGUGGUUUUGUGGUUCAUCCUUUGAUGAAAGAAAAGAAACGAUCUGACGAACCUGCUAAUUACUUUUUGAGAGAAGAGAUUCGAAAAUAUGUCAGAGUUAGGCCUAAUAGAUUAGGAAAACAAAAUUUCAUGGGAGCGAACGCAACAUUCACUAGCAUAGGACAUGCAUGUUUUUCCAUGAAGGAAGAUUUAGAAGAGUACAUGGAUUAUGAUAUUGGUGAAAUAUGUAAUGAUGAUUGGAAACUAGCUCAAAAGCUUAUGGUUCAUGGAUGUGAUCCUUUACCAAGAAGAAGGUGUUUUUCUCGAGCACCUAAGCUAUACAAUAAACCAUUCCCUAUCAAAGAAUCCAUGUGGAAAUUACCUGAUGAUAGAAAUGUUAGAUGGAGUCAAUAUAGGUGCAAGAACUUUACUUGUCUCGCAAGCAACAACAACGCUCGAAAGGGAUUCUUCAAGUGUGCGGAUUGUUUCAAUCUUACCGAUCAUGAGAUGCCGAGAUGGAUAAGAUUGGAAGGUGAUUCAAUUUCAAACCAAACAAGUGAAGCUGAUUUUUUCAUAGAUGAUGUUCUUGGAAUUAAGUUAGGUGAGAUUAGAAUUGGAUUGGAUUUUAGUGUUGGAACAGGAACUUUUGCUGCAAGAAUGAAAGAUUUCAAUGUGACUAUAGUUUCAGCAACUAUUAAUUUUGGUGCACCUUUUAGUGAAAUGAUAGCUCUUAGAGGACUUGUUCCUCUUUAUUUAACUAUAAAUCAAAGGCUUCCAUUUUUUGAUAAUACACUUGAUUUGAUUCAUACAACAAGGUUUCUUGAUGGUUGGAUUGAUUUUGUUCUUUUGGAUUUUGUUUUGUAUGAUUGGGAUAGAGUUUUGAGGCCAGGAGGGUUACUUUGGAUUGAUAGCUUUUUUUGCUUGAAGGAAGAUUUGUAUAUUUAUUUGGAGGCUUUCAAAAUGUUGAGAUAUAAGAAGCAUAAAUGGAUUGUUGUUCCAAAGAUUGAUAAGGAUGAUAAAGAGGUGUUCUUUUCUGCUGUUUUAGAGAAACCUUCUAGGCCAUUUAGGUAAUCUUACAUUGUAUUCCUCCGGCCGAAAAUGUGGCAUUAAUCCUUGAGACGUUCUUUUAUAUACAUAUAUGUAUCUGGAUCGAACUCCUAACUACGUACUCAUUUGUAAUCGUAAAUGUUGAACAUUUAGCAGCCUUGUCUUAAUAAACUUGUAGAAAUAAUGCAUAUGAAUAUAAUAUAUGUCAAUAAUGA